AUGCCAAGGUCAAGGUCUCCUUCGGUACACCACUCUGAACCACCGAGCCCACAACUGCCGCCUGCGGACCUUCAUCCUCAGCCCAUAAGGCCUGGGCCGCAUGAACUGAGGUUUCGCAGUGCUGAUGGUAACACCUUUCCGUCACUUGAACUUGCAAUACCACGAGGAGAGAAAACCUGGUAG